UUGCAGAGAGAUUUUCUGAAGGGGCUGCCCGUGUACAACAAAAACAACUUCAGCAGAUUCCAUGCAGACUCCGUAUGUAAAGCAUCAAACCGUCGUCCCUCUGUAUAUCUACCAACAAGAGAAUAUCCAUCAGAGCAGAUCAUUGUUACAGAAAAGACAAACAUCCUGCUGCGGUAUUUACAUCAACAAUGGGACAAAAAGAAAGCAGCCAAAAAACGAGAACAAGAUCCGCCAGAAGGGGAAAACACGGCACCUCCAAGAAAAAUAGCAAGAACAGACAGUCGGGAACUGAAUGAGGAUUCGUAA